AUAGUCUUGACUUUUCUAAUGGGUUUGGCAAAUCAUUCGCUUCAACUCUAUGCGGUGUUAUAGUUCAUAGUGUCGCAACCAUCGCAUUUGGAAAUUAUUUAUCUGCUACCACAGGCUUAUUUCUGACUUUCUUUCGAAGUCCUGACAGAAAAGAUUAUUCAUGGUCCGCUCAACUAAGAAAAUACGUAGUUCUCUCCGCAUCCGCACAAUUAUUAGGAGUAAUAUGUCUUAUGACCUACAUGACAACUAGAUUCUUCAUGCUUAAUAAUGAUGUUUUGCCUGAGUUUCUUCAUAGGUCCUCAAUAGCCAUGUAUAUUGUUUGUGCUGCGAGUGCUUUUACUUCUUUUGUAAGGAUUAUUUAUCUUACUAGCGUUACUUGGCCCUAUUUACCAAACUACCAUUAUGCUGCUAGUACAGAACGUCAGAAAAAAAUUCAAA